CCUAACCUGAAAACCAAACAUACACAAACAUGGCGUUACCACAAGCAGACAGGAUGCUGUGUCCUCUUCGGCGUUCGCUUUACAUCAUCAUCUUAUGGCUUGUAGGAAUACAUUCGUCAACACUCCAUCUUCACAAUGACGAGCGCUUCAUACCACCCCAACACAGAGGAUAUUUUACAGUAGAUUCAAAUCAGGAUUUAGCAGAUGCAGAUGGAGGGGGCAACGCGACUUCAGCUCUACGACUGGCCGCUCUUGGUGCUGCUGAAGGCGGCUCGGACUACGGCACCCUUCCGCCAAAGCGUUACCGCCGGAGCGCUAGUGAAUCAACCAUGCCGAAGGUGUACGGCCAGGCCAGCUUGAAUGACUCCCAUAACCAAAUGGUUGUCCACUGGGCUGGAGAAAAGAGCAAUGUCAUUGUGGCCUUGGCUCGAGACAGCGUUGGAGCUGUUGGACCCAGAACCAGCUCGGUCUAUGUGUCCUAUGACUACGGGUCCACCUUCACACUUGUCUCUGCAAAAUUCCAGUUGUCUGACGCCAAGGUCAAGAAUGGCAGCACACAGAUCAUCUCUCAGUUUUACCACAGUCCUGCAGAUAACAAGAGGUACCUCUUUGUAGACUCCACCAACAAUUACCUGUGGAACACCUUUGACUUCUGCAAGAGUGUGCAAGGUUUCUCGCUGCCAUUCAAACCAACAGACGUGUUGAUCCACAGCACAAUGCCCAACCUGGUGCUCGGGUAUGAUAGCUCUCAUCCAAACAAGCAGCUGUGGAAGUCAGAUGACUUUGGGGAGACCUGGGUGUUGAUCCAAGAGCAUGUGAAGACCUACUUUUGGGGCGUUGAGCCUUACGACCCCCCCACAACAGUGCUGGUCCAGAGGCAUGAGCCCCAGGGUGUCUCCAUCAUACUCAGCAGUACUGACUUCUUCCAGAGUGAACAGAACCGCAAAGUGAUCUUGGAACAUGUUGACAGCUUCCAGCUCAGGGAAAAGUACAUGUUUGCCACCACCGCAAGGAAAUUGAUUGGCAUUGAACCGUUAUCUGUUCAACUCUGGGUCUCCUACAACCGGCAACCAAUGAAAGCUGCCCAAUUUAGAACCCGACAUCCAAUCACAGAGUAUUACAUCGCUGAUGCUUCUGAAGACCAAGUGUUUGUGUGUGUCAACCACUUGAACAAUCUGACACACUUGUACAUCUCAGACACACAGGGUGUUUCCUUUUCUCUCUCAUUGGAGAAUGUUCUAUAUUACAGUCCAGAGGGUUCCAGAAGCAACACGCUCAUCAGAUAUUUUGCUAAUGAGCCUUUUGCUGAUCUACACCGCGUGGAGGGUCUCAGAGGCGUCUUCAUCGCCACACUUGUCAAUGGGACGGUCAUUGAACGCAACAUGCGGUCAGUCAUUACGUUCGACAAGGGGGGGACAUGGGAGUUGCUUCAGCCACCCACUGCUGACAGUCUGGGAGGGACUGUGGAUUGCCAGCUCAGUAAAGGUUGCUCGCUCCAUCUGGCCCAGCGCUGGAGCCAACUAUUAAAUUUCCAACUCAGGAGAGUUCCUAUUUUAUCCAAGGAGUCUGCACCAGGUCUCAUCAUGGCGACAGGAUCUUAUGGCAGCAAUUUGGCCAACAAACCCAAUGUGUAUGUGUCAAGCAGCGCAGGAGCCCGCUGGCGGGAGGCAUUGGCAGGUCCUCAUUUCUAUACAUGGGGAGACCAUGGUGGUAUUCUGAUGGCUAUUCCACAAGGAGACUCCUGUACUCAUCUCAAGUUCAGCACCAAUGAGGGCGAGACGUGGACCGAAUUUCAAUUCUCUGAUAGACAAGUGUAUGUUUACCAGCUACUAACGGAGCCUGGGGAAAAAAGCACCAUCUUCACCAUUUUUGGAUCCUACGCCCACCAAAGACAUAGUUGGCUCAUUCUGCAGGUCAACACCUCUGAUGUUUUGGGUGUUCCAUGUGCUGAGGCUGACUACAAGCAUUGGUCCCCUUCAGAUGAUCACGGCAACGAAUGUCUUUUGGGCAGGGAGAUAACAUUUAAAAGACGAAUACCACAUGCUACAUGUUUCAACGGCGAGGACUUUGACCGCCCGGUCACUAUGUCAAACUGCUCCUGCUCCCGUCAGGACUAUGAAUGUGACUACGGCUUCAAGCUGAGUGAAGACUUGGCCCUGCAAGUGUGCAUACCUGAUCCAGAGUUUUCUGGUAACCUCCAUGCUCCUCCUGUUCCAUGUCCUGUUGGCACCACCUACCGCCACAGCAAAGGAUACAGAAAGGUACCGGGGGACAGUUGCCGUGGUGGCGACGUUGAAGCCAGACUGGAUGGAGAGAUGCUACCUUGUCCUGUUGGAGAAAGUAACGAGUUCAUCCUGUAUGCUGUGAGGAACUCUAUCCAUCGCUUUGACCUGGCCACUGGUACUGACCAGGUCCUCCCUCUGAUGGGUCUAAAGGAGGCCGUGGCUCUGGACUUUGACUACGAUAAGAACUGCCUCUACUGGGCUGACAUCUUCCUGGAUACCAUACAGCGUCUCUGUCUGAAUGGAAGCACAGGUCAGGAGAUUAUAGUAAGGAAAGACCUGCAAAAUGUGGAGGCCUUGGCUUUUGACCCCAUCAGCAGAUUGCUCUAUUGGGUUGAUGCCGGUGCACAGAGAAUUGAGGUUUCCAAUCCUGAUGGGGAUUUCCGGACCACCCUCCUUAACUCCUCCGUCCUGGAACAUCCACGAGCUCUUAUUCUCCUGCCUGAAGCGGGUUUGAUGUUCUGGACUGACUGGGGAGACACAGCAGCAGGGAUUUACCGUGGUGCAAUGGAUGGAACCAAUGUGUCCUCAAUUGCAUCAGAGGGCGUCCGCUGGCCCAACGGAAUUACCGCUGAUGAUCACUGGCUGUACUGGACUGAGGCCUUCAGUGACCGCAUCGAGAGGGCUGACUUCAAUGGAGGCCAACGACACAUUCUCUUUGAGGAGUUGCCCCACCCAUAUGCCAUCGCUGUCUUCAAGAAUGACUUGUAUUGGGACGACUGGUCCAGAAUGGGCAUCUUCAAAGCUCCGAAAAGUGGUGGCCAGAGUAAUGAGCUAAUUGUUGGCCGACUGACUGGUGUCAUGGACCUCAAGAUUUUUUAUAAAGGCAAGAACAGAGGUCACAAUGCCUGUGCAGACCAGCCAUGCACACUAUUGUGUCUGCCUCAGCCUGGCUCUAGACACACCUGCAUUUGCCCAGAAGACACACCAACUACCACCUUGCCUGAUGGACAGCUGCAAUGCCAAUGCCCCACAGGAUACCAGCUUCAAAACAAAACUUGCGUUAAAACUGAGCUAAGCUGUUCCGCCAAUCAGUAUCGCUGCUCGAAUGGCCGUUGUAUUAGUAAUAUCUGGAAGUGUGACAGUGACGACGACUGUGGGGACAUGAGUGAUGAACAGGAGUGUCCAACUACAACCUGUGACCCAAUCAACCAAUUCCGCUGCGUCCUCUCCGGUUCAUGCAUUCCCUUGGCUUUCCAAUGUGACCACGAAGAUGACUGUGGAGACAACAGUGAUGAAGAAAAUUGUGAUUCUCACGUGUGUGGUACUGGGGAGUUUACAUGUGCACGGGGUGUUUGCAUCCGUGACGCCUGGCGUUGUGAUGGAGACAACGACUGCAGAGACUGGUCAGAUGAGGCUAACUGCACAGCUGCCCAACAUACAUGUGAAUCCAGUAGUUUCCAGUGUCAUACGGGCCACUGCAUACCACAGCGCUGGACGUGCGACGGUGACAAUGACUGCCAGGACAGCUCAGAUGAAGACCCUCAUUACUGUGAGGGAAACAAAUGCAAAGGCUUCCUCUGCGCCAAUGACACUUGCUUGCCAAUCACUUCCCACUGUAAUGGCGUGAAGGAGUGUCCAGAUGGUGCUGAUGAGGAAUUCUGUGACCCCUUGUGUACUCGCUACAUGGAGUUUGUAUGCAAGAACCGAGCCCAGUGUCUCUUUCAGUCCAUGGUAUGUGAUGGUGUCAAACACUGUGAAGAUGGGUCUGAUGAGGAUCCAGAUUAUGCCAAAUGUGCCACUCCAACAGAGUUCGGAAAAGUAUGUGAUGCAUACACCUUCCAGUGUGCCAACGGAGUGUGUGUGAGCCUGGAGUGGAAAUGUGAUGGCAUGGACGACUGUGGUGACUACUCUGAUGAAGCCAACUGUGCUGCUCCCACUGAGGUACCUGGUUGCUCGAGGUACUUCCAGUUUGAAUGUAAAAGUGGACGCUGCAUCCCAACAUGGUGGAAGUGUGAUGAUGAAAACGAUUGUGGGGACUGGUCGGAUGAAUCGGAGUGCACAGGUGGAGCAGUUCCUCACACCGUGUCCCCUGGUCCAUUGACCUGCGCCCCCAACCGCUUCCACUGUGGCACCGGAGCUUGUAUCAUCAACAGUUGGGUUUGUGACGGCUAUGCAGACUGUCAAGAUGGCAGUGAUGAGCUGGGAUGUCCCUCAGUUAAUGACACUGUGACACAGAUGCCAAUUUCCACCCAGGCGCCCUCCUCCCAUGGGGGAUGUAAUAAGGAUCAGUUUCGUUGUCGCCAUCCACAUCUCUGCAUCCCCGACUGGCAGCGUUGCGACGGCAAGAUUCACUGUCGGGAUGCCUCCGACGAAGCCAACUGUCCCACCCGCGGGCCAUUGCUCUGUGUAAACGCGACCCGCUGCGCUGAUGGGGAAGCCUGUGUGCUGGACGAAGAGCGGUGUGACGGCUUUUUAGACUGUUCUGACCACAGCGAUGAGGACAACUGCACUUCUGAUACUCUGGCCUUUAAAGUCCAGAAUCUUCAGUGGAAUCCAGACUUCUCGGGGGCCAUCACUCUCACAUGGUCUCAUCCUAAAAAGCUUCCUCUGGACUCCUGCUACUACCUCAUCUACUACAGGCUUAUAGGGACCCAACAGUGGACCAUCAUGGACACUCACAGUAACAAGAUGAGCUACAAACUUACUGUUCUGAGACCAGACACCACCUAUCAAGUCAAGGUUCUCACACAGUGUCUCAGCAAGCUUCACAAGACCAAUGAGAUGAUUACCAUCAGAACGCCAGAAGGAUUGCCUGAGGCUCCCAGGAACCUGCAGCUGUCUUGUGAUAAUAGUAAGGAUGGUACAGUUGAUGUUUCCUGGAGUGCCCCUGACAAAGGAAACGGCCUCGUUCGAGAGUAUAUCGUUGAGUACAGUGAACAAACAGCGAUGGACUGGACAUCGCAGAGAAGUGCCACGACGAGCGCCGAGGUGAAGGAGCUGCAGCCAGACAUGCAGUACAAGUUCAGAGUGGCAGCUGUGACCAGCCGAGGUUUAGGAAGCUGGACUGAAAUCAAAUCGAUUACUCCCUUGAAAGCUCUACCUCCUCCUUCUGUGAUUGUCGACAGCAUCACUGCGGAGUCCAUGAGCCUCUCAUUCAGCCUGAAUUCCCAGUAUGAAGUGGAACAGUACAUCGUGAUUCUGUCCUGGCAGUUUGACUCGCACAUGAAGGAGAGCAAGAACUAUACUGUCAAGCAGAAAAUCCUCAGAGCGAUGAACCUGACAGCAGGGACAGUGUAUGAGGUGGCUGUGUGGGCUCAGACCAGAAUAGGAGACAGUGCAACAGCCUUGUCUCAUCAUCAGACUCCUGGCAUCCAGCCAGAUCAGCCCCUCCUCAAAGCCCGAGCCCUCAACCAAACUUCUGUGGACUGCAGCUGGACCAUCACCAAUGCUGCACAGGUGUACGGUGUGUUUUAUGCUACAUCCUUCCUGGAGUUGUACCAUAGUCCUUAUCAAAUCCGCACCACUCUUACCAAUCUGACGUUGACUGUGAACAGUGGCGAACAGUAUCUUUUUCUGGUACGGGCUGUCUCUCCCUACUUGGGUCCUCCAUCGGAGCAUGUUGUGGUCAAAAUGAUUCCCAAUGAACGGCUACCACCCAGGAAUCUCCAUUGUGUGAAUAUAGACAAGACAGAGGUCACACUUAAGUGGCAGCCACCAUAUGAUACACCAAAUACUUCUCUGACAUAUGCAGUCCAUGUAUGGGAUGCCAUCCGCAAGGUGGAGCGGGACUACAAAGUAGCUUCCCAGAACAACACAGCGGAGUACCAGUUGAAAGGCCUGGAGCCCGGAGGACGUUACAGCAUCUCAGUCCGUCUCCGCAACAUGAGCAAGGAAGCCAGCUUCACUCUCAGCACAGUUCCACUUCCAGCUCCUGAGGCCUUGAAGAUACUGACUGAGAAUGACCACGUAUUCUUGCUCUGGAAGAGCCUAGCAGUCAAAGAGAAGAAUUUCAAUGAGAGCAGGGGUUAUGAGGUGCACGUGUACGACAGUUUGACCAACAAGACGACUUUCCUGGGAAAUACUCUCGAGACCUACUUCCGCAUCAGCAGCCUGCAGAUUGGACACAACUACACGUUCUAUGUCCAAGCGCGCUGCUUGCUCAACAGCCAACUGUGUGGCGAGCCCGCAGUGCUGCUGUAUAAUCAACUUAGAGCAGGAGCAAGUGAGGCCUCGGCAAGUGAAGGCCACUCUGAGGACAUGGCGGCAGUCGUGGUUCCAGUCCUCUUCUUGCUGCUGCUGGGAGUAUGUGGCGGUUUGGUGAUACUCUACCUCAGACACCGUCGACUACAAAACAAUUUUACCGCCUUCGCCAACUCCCACUAUAACUCACGCCUAGGCUCUGCCAUCUUCUCCUCUGGGGAUGAAUUAGUGGAUGAUGACGAAGAUGCGCCCAUGAUUAGCGGCUUCUCAGACGACGUUCCCAUGGUCAUUGCGUAGCGCAGCUUCUCUCCUUUUACGUACUUCUCUUCUCCCCUCCUUGACAGGAAGCCACCUAAUUCGAAAGAAACAUGAAGAAAUGAGAGAUAGAGAUAUUUUUCAAAUCUACAAUGCACUUUUUUGGAUGCGCAAUAACUUAUUUUUUAUAAGAAAAGAAUAUAUGGAGGUUGUGUUGGACACUGAGGCAUACUGUGAAGAAUUUAGCGUUUGUUGAGUACGACGUGAAACGACAAACCCGUUUUGAGUGGUCCAUUGCUUAAAGCCAAAAUAAGCAUCCAGAGACUUAAAUAUAGAAUGCAAAAAAACAACAACAUACAAAUGCACAUAUAAAACAAAAACACGAGUCGCAUAAAAAAAUAGAAGAAUACAAAAAAGGCAAAUGUAUGUUUAGACAUCAACAUAUCGCAGCAAACACAUCCCGUAUGAGCGAAUCAGAAUAGUCAGCUGUCAAUCAAGUAUCAUCUGUAGAUUUUGAAUUGUCUUUGAUUUGGGAACGAGCUGAAUGUUAAACAUUAUAAAACAACAUUCUAGAGACUGCUUUGUUACAUCGAUAAACUGGUUUUGUUUCGAUUUUCCACCACCAGCACACUGUUGUAUGUUUAUAUGUUGACACGUGCCAAAAUGAUUGGAUAAUUCCAAGCUUUGGGAGGUUGAAUUUCCCUUUUAAGCAUCACCUGAAUUCAUUAGAGCUAUCUGUAAAUAUUGGCUUUUAAUACAUCCUAUCUUUGUAAUGCUGCACCAUAUUAUUUUGUAAAAUAUACUGUAUAUUUUGAUUUUUCUAAAACUAGUCAAAGUGAUCAUCCCCAGCCUUUUUGCCAUAAAUGUAGUCGCCGCGUUUGGAGUUCUCAGGGAAUUGUUUUGGGUACCAGCGAAGCACCACCGUCAUCAUCUUCACGGGUUAGGUCCACCCUGCUCUUUAAAUGGUAAUGGAUCACUUGGCGGGUUAUAAUGCAGAUAGUAGCCGAGGAAUAGAUAAGUAGCUGCUGUUAGGAUUCACAUUCAGAGUUUGAAUGAAGAUUUUACUGAGCAACCACACUCCCCAGAUCAGAUAGUCCGCAUGGCUUAAUACUAACAUUGUUUGUUUUUUUUAAACAUUUUUAAAGACCAUGUGUAUACAAGCUCUUUGUCGCACAUCCCUAAACGUGUCCGCAUUGAAAAUGAAGUCACUCAUGUCACCUACCUCCCACUUACCCGUCCCCCGAUUGUAUGUAUGGUAGUCUUUUAACUGAAAAGUUGUGUGUAGCCUCUGAGUUUGAGCCGUUGGGUCCUCUGCUUGAUUUUGACUUGUUGUUCUUUUUAAGAAGUCUUCAUGAAUGUAUUUCGUAAUCAUCUCAUUCUUCCCUCACUAUCUGUGACUUUUAUGUGAUUGAUUCUUCAUUCUUAUUACAGUGGGUCUGUAAGAAACCAUUCCACAGUGGUCAGCACAUGCUCUUUAUUUGUUUGUGUCUUUUUGUGCAGAAAUGCUUCGAGGUACUGCUUCCUCUUUUUUUUUUUUGGGCUUUUUGGAUUGCGUUCCACGGCUUUUUGUGUAGUCUUGGCCUUAACUUUAUUUUUUGUUUUUUUCUGGCAAUGGUUGUUUGCUCUCUACAAUUUUUUCUUUUUUCAAUUUAAUGUAAUUUUUGUUUGCGUUUGACCACAUAAUGCCUUAUAAGACUCAUCAGGUGUCUGUAUAAUGAAUGAUAGAAAACAAUGUUGCACCUAUAUACAUACACUGUCACAUUAGGAUGAUGCUAUUUCUUGGGCAUUUGUUCAGUUUUGUCAAAUCACUGCUUUUUUCCAAUUUACUUUUGGGGGUACUUUUAAGCAACUUUUAAAACUCAUGUACAAAGUGUAAUUAUUGUUUUUGGCCAUUUGCGCCCCACUUGUCUUUGUCAACGUUUGCUUCAAAAUGUUGUUUGGCAUGGAAAUCUGGCCUUGGCCAUUUUUGAUGAUAUUGAUGUCUUGUUUGCUUACUCAGAGGUUGCAAAAAAAAAAAAAAAAGGUUAAGAAACAGUGUGAGGUGUUUUCAAAAACCACUUAUGCUGAAAUAAAGGUGAUUAAAAUUCCA